AUGUCAUAUAAGAAUUAUGAAAGGGCAAAGAUUACAUACGUAGAGGAAGGAAAAGAAGACAAUAAUGAAAAGAAAAUUAAAGAUAAUAUAUUGCUUAUUAAAAAAAAUAUGAUAUAUGCAGAAGAAAAUUUAGAAAACUUAAAAAACAAUUUAAUAUCAAAAAGAAUUAUAGAAGCAUUACAUGAAGAAAUACAACAAAUUUAUGUUAAAGUAAUCGAGACAGAAAAUUUAUUUCGUGAAUGGGAAAUAAAAUUUGCUGAAAAUCCUUUUGAAAAGCAAAAAAAAAAGUAUAUUUUUGAAAAGUUAAAUAUACAUUUUAAAAAUGAAGUAAAUAAAUUAGAAAAUAUAUCUGUGAAUGUAAAAAAAGCAGCUAAUGAAUUACCAAAUAUUGAAAAUGGUGAGAUGCAUUAUAAUAAUAACAUAAAUAACAUUUCUUUAAAUAAAAAGAAAAAUAAUAAAUUUGUUUCCAGUGAUUUUGCCAAUGAUAAUUUUAUUUUAAAUUUAGAGAAAAGUUAUGUAAAUAAUGAUGAUUUUAUUGAAUCUUCGAAUUUAUAUGAUUAUGAAUUAGAUCAAUUUAAUGAAAAUGAUCUUUUAAUUGAACAUGAAAUAGCUAAUGAAAGAUUUGAGGGAAUUAAAAAAAUACAAGGCCAAGUGGUACAAGCACAAGAAGUUUUCAAGGAUUUAGCUAAUCUUGUUUUUACUCAAAAAGAAAAUAUUGAAAUCUUGAAUAAUAAUGUAUAUGAUACUAAUGUAAAUGCCUUUAAUAGCGCAAAGGAACUAAAGAAAACAUAUCAUAAUGUGAAGCAACAGAAAUUCACUUGGUGUCUAGCCGCUAUAACGUUAGUAAUAUUUAUUUAUUUUAUUUAUUUUAAGUUAUUACAUUUUUCAAUAUUUGGCUAA